GGGGAACCUUUUCAUCCCACUCACUUUGCUUCCUCCCGGCCCUACAAAUACCGGCCAUCGUGUGCUAGGUUUCUACAGCACAGCAAGGCACUGCUGGGCUUCGAUCCAGCUUCCAAUGGCGAACCUACUCACAGCUCUCCUGCUCCUCUUGGUCGCUGCAGUGAUAGCUUCAGGUCUGUAUGAGGAUGACCCGGGUGGCGGCGGCGGCGGCGGUCGUUCUAGCGGAGGAGCUAAGGGGGCUCCAGCACCUCCUACUGGCUGCAGCAGGUCCAUUAAGCCUAAGAGGCCCAUGGGGGAGGAGGUGUGGAGGGGAAAGGAUGCGAGAGAGGAAGAGGAGGAAGAAGAAGCCAGCCCAACCUAUACUUUGCCGCUAGGUUCACACUUGGACACGGCCUUCUUCCUUCUGAAUCACCUUUACCCGGGCUCAAAGAUGACCCUCCACUUCACCCGUGAUGCCGCUGCACCCAUGCUCCCACGCGCCCAGGCCGACUCCAUCCCUUUCACCUCUGCCAAGAUCCGGGAGAUCCUCUCCCGCCUCUCCGUCCCAGCUGGCUCCCUGGCCGCCGAGGACAUACGCUCCACCCUCGCCGAGUGCGAGGCCCCGCCGCUCUCCGGCGUGGCUGCCCAGCGCUGCGCCACCUCCUUCGAGUCCAUGGUUGACCUCGCCGCCUCCUGCCUCGGCACCCGAGACAUCCACCUGCCGGCGAUGAGCAGGCUCAGCUUGAUUAAGGAGGGGUCGUCGGUCCCGACACAGGCCUACGUGGUGGAGUCUAUCAGGCUCCUGCUGGUGGCCGGCGGGGACAUAGUUGCCUGCCACCGCAUGCCCUACCCGUACGCUGUUUUUGUGUGCCACAUGACCAAAGCCGCCGUGUACGCGGUGACCCUUGCCGGCGCUGACCGGACCAAGGCUGAGGCUCUGACGGCGUGCCACAAAGACGCGUGGCCACAGGACAAGAACAUCGCCGUGGUGCCGGGGGCCUUGCCGGUGUGCCACUUCCUGUCCCAGGACAGCAUGCUGUGGGUGCGCAAGUAAAAACAUAAGCCUGCGUUAUUAGCAAAUGCUGAGGUUGGACGUACAUGGGUAUGAAGGUACAUGCUUUGCAAAACAUGAAGGAAGUUGGCCCUCUAAUCCGCGGCUUGUUAACAAAAAGACAAACUAUAUAAAGAAUAAUAUUAAUAACAUGUAAUAUAUCAAAGAAGUAAAAUGUUAAAAUAUAUUUCAUAAUGAAUCUAAUGUUGCUCAUUCGACGUCGUAAAUAUUAUUUUUUUAUAAACUUCAAACUUUUGGAUAUAUAGUUUCACCUAGGAAAACUCCGAAUGUUUUAUAUUGCAGGACGGGGAAUAGAAGAGUGGCGAUAGCUGCUGAGCUUAAACUUGGUCAAGAUCGGGGGAGAUUAGAACAAAAGUACCGCAUUUAUUAGCUAUUCGUUUUGGGUCAGAGUGGUGUGUCCUUUGUGCAAGCUCCAGAGUUUCAAUAAGGCUGUGUGUAAGGACAUUCCUUAAUAAAUUAAAGCUCUCAAAAAAAUAAAGAUAUCUCCUUUGGCCAAAAAAAAAAGUUAAUUCAAUGACUUGGCAUCGACUAAUCCCGGUCUGCCGGACGAGUACUAUUAAUCUUUCCGACCCACGCGGCAACAACUUGACGAAACAACUCAAAUUCAAGGAAGUCUAGCAGGUUAACGCAAAGAUUCUUUGCGAGGUGCAUUACGUCAAUUGCGCUGCGGACCUUUAAGCUUUCCAUUAAGGUAAAUCCUAAAAUAUACUCUUCUCCUUCCACAUAAGUGCGCGUCCGUCAUCACUCUUUAUUGAUCUGCUGCCAGAUCCCUUUCCGAAGACUACUUUUAUUUAUUUUACCAUUUCAAAUACCAUUUUCCCAAAACAGUGCUUGGGGUUCUCUAGCCUGAUGAUGCUCAAAUGAUGACAGUGAUUGUACGCCACAUCGUCUGGAUCCUCUGGGGAGACUGCGGCCCUGCGAAUGGUGCCCCCUAGCGUUGGCAGCACUUAGAGUGGAGAAGUUCAUCACAUCAGGAGGCAUCCCAAGAGAUGAAGUGGGAACAUAGCCAACUGGUGUGCUGAAGAUGUUCCUCUACGCCGAUGAAGCAAUCGACGAUGAACUCACGGUGUAGGCCGGCGCCAUCUAUACCGGUGUUCCCAGAGAUGGAAACACUAGUGGCUGAGAGAUCGGAGGUAGCAUGGGAGCAGAUCCUGCGCCCCCCUGAGCCAGGGCGGCUGCCAUCGACUAGGAGUCGAUGCUUGUUGCGGCAGAUGCUGGCGCUCCGCCUACAGAUCCAGCUGAUGACCCCGAUUGGGAGUUAACACGGCCCUGUGUAUCCACGUUGCCACUGGCCACUCAUCAUCUGAUAUAUGGCAUUUUAGAUCGAAUUCUUCAAGACGUUCGACCAGUUGAUCA